CCUCUGUCUCAGCCGUAGUGAGCGUCUCGUGCCCCGCGUCCCGCGCCCCGGGGCCCCGCGUCCCACGUCCCGCAGCGCGCUCGCGGGCGGAGCCGGCUGCCAGUCUGUGGGCGCCGUGCGGACGCUGAGGAUGGCUCUGAGCGAGGAGCCGGCCGCGGGCGCCGCGGAGGACCCGGCGGAGGACCGCGCGGAGGAUGCGGCGGAGGACGCGGCGCUGGCCUGCGGAGCCGCCCUCGAGUCUUUCGGCGAGAGCGGGGAGACGCGGGAGCUGCUCGGCAGCCUGCCGGCGGUGCUCGGAGACCGCGCGGCUCGGGAGGGCGCCCUGGAGCGGUUCCGGGUGAUAAUGGACAGAUAUCAGGAGCAGCCUCACCUGUUGGACCCACACCUAGAAUGGAUGCUGAACUUGUUGUUGAAAUUUGUGCAAGAUAAGACAUCUCCAGCUGACCUCAUACAUCUGGCUUUUAAAUUUCUUUACAUCAUCACCAAGGUUCGAGGAUAUAAAACAUUUCUUCGUUUAUUUCCACACGAAGUAGCUGAUGUGCAGCCUGUUUUAGAUAUGUUUACAAAUCAGAGUCCUAAAGACCAUGAAACCUGGGAGACCCGCUACAUGCUUCUUCUGUGGCUUUCCGUGACCUGCCUGAUCCCGUUUGAUUUUUCACGUCUUGACGGUAACCUCCACAAUCAGCCUGGGCAAGAGCGAGUGCCCACCAUGGACCGUAUCCUCCAGAUAGCAGAGUCCUACCUGGUUGUCAGCGACAAGGCCCGAGAUGCAGCUGCUGUCCUCGUGUCCAAGUUUGUCACACGGCCUGAUGUUAAGCAGAAGAAGAUGGCGGGUUUCCUGGACUGGAGCCUAUGCACUUUGGCCCGCUCCUCCUUCCAGACCAUUGAGGGGGUCAUUGCCAUGGACGGGACGCUGCAGGCCCUGGCACAAAUAUUUAAGCAUGGAAAACGUGACGACUGUUUACCCUACGCUGCCACCGUUCUCCAGUGCCUGGAUGGCUGCAGGCUCCCCGACAGCAACCAGACCCUGCUCCGGAAGCUUGGGGUGAAGCUUGUGCAGCGGCUGGGCCUGACCUUCCUGAAGCCCCGGGUGGCCAAGUGGAGGUAUCAGCGUGGCUGCCGCUCCUUGGCUGCGAGCCUGCAGCUCUGUGUCCAGAGUCCCAGAGAGCCCAGGAUGCAGGCUGAGACCCCUGACAGCGAUGGAGAGGAUGACGUCCCUGAGGAGGUGGAGAGCGUGAUAGAGCAGCUGCUGGUUGGGCUGAAGGACAAGGACACGAUUGUGCGGUGGUCUGCGGCCAAAGGAAUCGGGAGGAUGGCCGGAAGACUUCCCAAAGAGCUGGCCGAUGACGUGGCCGGGUCGGUGCUGGACUGCUUCAGUUUCCAGGAGACGGACAGCGCCUGGCACGGCGGGUGUCUGGCGCUGGCGGAACUGGGCAGACGAGGCCUAUUGCUCCCUUCCCGACUCUCGGACGUUGUCACCGUGAUCCUGAAGGCGUUGACAUAUGAGGAGAAGCGGGGAGCCUGCAGCGUGGGCUCCAACGUCCGGGACGCUGCCUGCUACGUGUGCUGGGCCUUCGCACGUGCCUACGAGCCUCAGGAGCUGAAGCCCUUCGUGGCCGCGAUCUCAAGCACACUGGUGAUUGCUGCCGUGUUUGACCGAGAUGUAAACUGCAGGAGAGCAGCCUCUGCUGCUUUCCAGGAGAAUGUGGGAAGACAGGGUACGUUCCCUCAUGGGAUUGAUAUUUUGACCACAGCUGACUACUUUGCUGUUGGUAACAGAUCUAACUGUUUCCUGGUUAUAAGCAUGUUUAUUGCCGGCUUUCCAGAGUACACACAACCAAUGAUAGAUCACCUGGUUACCAUGAAGAUCAACCACUGGGAUGGGGCCAUCAGGGAGCUGUCGGCCAAGGCACUGCGGAACCUGGCCCAGCGAGCACCUGAGCACAGUGCCCGCCAAGUUUUCCCACGUCUGCUUUCGAUGACACAGAGUCCAGACCUGCACACUCGGCACGGGGCUGUGCUCGCCUGUGCAGAGGUUGCCCACAGCCUGUACACACUGGCCGUGCAGCGAGGCAGGCCCGUCUCAGACUUCCUGGAUGAGAAGACCGUGCAGGGCCUGAAGCAGAUCCACCAGCAGCUUUACGAUCGUCAGUUAUACAGGGGUCUGGGAGGAGAACUCAUGAGACAAGCAGUGUGCAUUUUAAUAGAAAACUUGUCCCUUUCCAAAAUGCCCUUCAGAGGUGACGCUGUGAUCGAUGGUUGGCAGUGGCUGAUAAACGACACCUUGAGAAACCUCCACAUCGUUUCAAGUCACUCUCGACAACGGAUAAAGGAGGCGGCUGUGUCGGCCCUGGCCGCCCUCUGCAGCGCGUACCAUGCCCGGGAGCCUGGGGAGGCGGACCCCGCCGCGCAGGAGGAGCUGGUAAAGCAGUACCUCGCCGAACUUCAGAGCCCUGAGGAGAUGACUCGCUGUGGCUGCGCCCUGGCCUUGGGCGCCCUGCCGGCCUUCAUCCUGAAGGGCCGGCUCCGGCAGGUUCUAGCAGGCUUGAGGGCCGUUACCCACAUUUCUCCCGAGGACGUGAGCUUUGCUGAGUCCAGGCGGGACGCUUUGAAGGCAAUUGCUAGGAUUUGCCAGACUGUCGGUGUGAGAGCAGGAGGGACUCCAGACGAGGCUGUGUGCAGGGAGAACGUUUCCCAGAUUUACUGCACGAUGCUGGACUGUCUGAACGAUUACACCACCGACAGCCGCGGGGACGUGGGAGCAUGGGUCCGCGAGGCCGCCAUGACGAGUCUGAUGGACCUGACUCUUCUGCUGGGGAGGGACGAGCCAGAGCUGAUCGAGGCCCCAGUGUGCCGGCGGGUCAUGUGCUGCUUAGCCCAGCAGGCGAGUGAGAAGAUCGACCGGUUCCGUGCACACGCGGCCCGUGUUUUCCUAGCGCUGCUCCACUGGGACGGCCCCGCCAUCCCCCAUGUGCCUCACCGGCAGGAGCUGGAGAGGCUCUUCCCCAGGUCCACCGUGGCCUCUGUGAACUGGGGGGCGCCGUCACAAGCCUUCCCUCGCGUCGCCCAGCUCCUGGGGCUGCCUGCCUACCGCUACCACGUGCUGCUGGGGCUGGCCGUGUCCGUGGGAGGCCUGACCGAGUCCACGGUCAGGUACUCAACACAGGGCCUCUUUGAGUACAUGAAGGGAAUUCAGAACGACCCUUGGGCCCUGAAGGACUUCAGUGGGACCCUUCUGCAGGUCUUUGAGGAUAACCUUCUGAAUGACAGGGUGUCUGUGCCUCUGCUAAAAACGCUGGAUCAGAUGCUGGCCAACAGAUGCUUUGACAUCUUCACCACCGAGGAGAAUCACCCCUUUUGUGUGAAGCUGCUUGCACUUUGUAAGGAAGAGAUCAAGAAGUCCAAAGAUGUCCAGAAACUGCGCUCCAGCAUCGCAGUGUUCUGUGGGCUGGUGCAGUUCCCCGGAGACGUGAGGAAGAAGGUCCUCCUGCAGCUGUUCCUCCUGCUCUGCCACCCGUUCCCCGUGAUCCGGAAGCACACGGCCAGCGAGGUGUACGAGAUGGUGCUGACCUACGACGUGGUGGCCAUGGAUGUCCUGGAUGAGGUCAUGGCUGUGCUCAGCGGCACGGCCUGCUGUAAAAGCACGGAGGCACGUCCUACAUCAGACUCUAAAGUAACCAGCUUGAAGAGGACAGUGAAGGGAGGGGACGCAGAGCUCCCGGUCGUGAGAGCCCAGCGGAACCGCCUGUGUGACCUCCUGGGCGUGCCCAGACCUCAGCUGGUCCCCAAGCCCGGCGUCCGCUGAGGCUGGUCCUGGGAGCUGAGCGCGCGUGUCCACCUGCCUGGCCAGGAGGAGGAGCCUGGGUGUGGUCAACACGGAGACCCGGAUGGACGGUGGCCUGGCUCCUGCGUGUGAGGGACCUGGA